ACACACACACACACACACACACACACACACACCUUUCCCAUACAUAUUGUGUUAGGAGUGCUUAGAAGCAAAUGGUUUUUGGGACUUGACAAGCUGUUGGAGGAGCAAGAUAAUAUUUUGUAAAGAGAUUCAGGAAAACUGGUUAGCUUGACAUAAGUUCUGGAGGUGGAAAGUACAGUGCCUGUGCUCUGAAGGAGGGGUGGGGAAUUUUGCAAUUUGGAGGAGCAUCUGAAUUGUUGUAUUGGUGUGCCUCUGGUAAGACUGUGAUGGAGUGAACAAUUUUUUUUUUUUUUUUUUUUUUUUUUUUUGUCACCUUACCUCGGUAGGAGAUGCCCAGUGUAUUGAAAUAAAUAAAUAUACAAGUGGAUCCUCGAAUUUAGUAGUGCCUUUUCUGUAUGCAAAACUUUUUUAUUUAUAAAAUGUAUGUUUUGUUAAUAUUUCCCAUAGGAAAUAAUGUAAAUCCAAUUAAAGCAUUCCAGACUCCCAAAAAUAAUAACAGACAAUACAUUUUAUAGAUAAAAAUAGUUUUGCAUACAGAAAAGGCACUACUAAAUUCGUGGGUCCACUGUAUAUUUUUAAACAUGCUGUCUACCACUGAGGCAGGGUGGCCUGGAAAAAAAAACUUGCCAUCAUUCACACUACCACUGUCUUGCCAGAGACUUGCAGAUAGGACAGUUUAAAUGUCCCCCUAAACAGCACAUAUCCCAAACCCCUCCUUGAGAGAGCAGGUACUGUACUUCCCACCCACAGGACUCAGUCUGGGUAACCGGUUUCCCUGAAUCCCAUCACAAAACAUUACCCUGCUCACACUCAUUAUAAAAUGCUUGAUUCUGAAAGGCUUCAUAGCAUGUAUUAAUUUUUAAUAUGCUAAUGUAAUGGUUCUUCCAGAACAAAAUAUGUAAUUACCUGUACUUGGUAGUUUUAUAUGGAAUAUGUGAUGUUAAUAUAGUUCUUUUAAUUUAUUGGAGUAUUAAAGUUAUAAUUGUUAAAAGACAGAUGUGGUUUCUCUUGUCAUCAAUAUUUUACAAAACACUAGUUCAGUUUUUGAGAGAGAGAGUUCUACUAUUCAGGUGAUGCAUAUCACUGUUUCUGAAUCCAAAAUACUUAAUGCUGAUAAUAAUCAAGAAAAGACUCCAUGCUGAACCUACUUUUAUUAGGAUGUUUUGUACUCUGACUUGAAGCUGUACUCAGAGAGGAGUGUUGCACUAACUAAAGCUUCUACUCCAAUGGUUAUCUUUUCUUUGCUAUUUCUGAAAUUGCUGUUUGUGAGUUUAUUUGAUUAUUAAUUCAACAAACUGGCUGUAUCCCACCAAGGGAUACAUGUAUACAUUCAUGCACAUAUACUUGUAUACACACACACACACACACACACACCUAUAGUAUCAGUAUGGUCUGUGUCUAAGUCUGUCUACUUACUCAAUUCCUGUAGACUAUUUCUUUUUAAAUUUUUAGUCCAGGAUAUACUUGUUCAAAUCUGCUGGCAAGUAGUAUUCGUAGGAUGCUCCUUAUGGCUUGUGCAGAUCUGGUCAUUUUAUGUUGAAGCCUCGGUGGAAGUGAACUCUAUACAGGUCUUUCAAAAACAUAUUCACAUGACUGGGCUGAUUCACAUUAGAGCUAGAGAUUGUCUCCCACAAAGUCAAAUAGCUAAUUACUUCAAAUCAGAAAAUUUUCAUCCCAUUGAAAGUAGGAUUAAGCUUGCAGACUUGAGCUGUUAUGCCCAUGGAUAUAGAAGAGUUUACCUCAAUCCUUUAUCCUUGUAGCCUAGUUGUCCCUGUCCUAAGGCUUGUGCCUUGUGUAGGAAGAGCUGUGACUGCACUGUAGUGUAAGAUUUUGCACUUUUCAUCUGCUUUUAUACAUGCUGACACUGACUAUUUUGUUCAGCUUUUUAUGUCAUACAUAUUAAAUUUUACUUUUUAAUUCAGAAGCAGCUCCUUUUGCUUUUAUGACCUUGAACUUACAAAUUAUUAUAUAUAUAUAUAUUUUUUUUUGUGCAAGUCAAAAUCUUAAAUCAAAGUAGUAAAUAUACUGAGCAUUACUGUGUUAUGCUGCAGGGACAACAAUUUGAAAGUAUAGGAUCAAUUUUGAAUAGUAUUAAGCAGAAUUUUGUUGUAUUAUUUCUUGUUUGUAACAUAAUGAUAUUCAGGGGCCCCGACACAAACCUUCCUUGCUGGUAAAGAUAAUGUUUCAUUAAGUAAAAAUAGGCCUACAGUAUUUUUAAAUCAAAGAUAAUUAUUUAUACUUCAUGUUUGGUUUUAAAUAUUUUAUCAGCUUUUCAUGACAAUACACAAAGUCACAAAAGGCACAAAAAAUUACAGCCAGGAAUUCAGUAGCAAUAAUGAAUAAAGGAAAAUACAAAUUUUUGUUCUUUCUUAAAAAAUGUGUUCUACCAAUUACAUGUUCUUCUUUUCUUUCAUACAGCAGUAGACCAAACAAGCCCUGUUUGUACUGUUUGAUGCCAGUUAUUACUUACAAUUAUUACUUAUUGCUAAUGAUAGAUAAUAUGGUUUAUUCACUUUGCUUUGUUAGUAACCUUAAUUAACAUGCAAGAGUAACUCUGAUAAGGUUUGUUUGAUAAAUUUCUUUAAAAAUUCAGAAUAAUAGUUAUUUGCUUGUAAAUAUGAAUAUCAAUUAAGCAGGGUCAGUGAGUAAAUCCAUAAUUUUUAUUUUCCUAAUGGAAACAGAGAUAAUUUGUCUUAUAUUUUUCCAGAAUGUUUGUAAAGUAUAAAUGGUGUAUCAUGAUUGCCAAAUUUUUGUACCAAGGGCCUGUGAUUGCGUAUUGUUAAAAUGGAAUAGUUCGUGGACUUGACCUACCUAUAACAUGGACUUAAACUACCUAUAAUUUAAGAGUAAGGUAUGAGUAGUAAUCUUCAGAAACAUCCAGAGGACAUAGUGCAUCUAUAUUUUUUUCACUGCUGUAUUUUAAAUGAAGGAGUUACAGUAUAAUGUGUAAAUUGAACCACAUGUUAAUAACUUACAAGAUGUAUUUAUUUCUCUAUCAUGUCUUAGAAGCUGUGUUGUUGUGAAAGUAGAAUAAAAUAUAAGUACUGAAGGACAUUUUUGUACACCUUACACCACAACUCUUUACUGAAGUUGUAACACUAGUUAGUUACUGUUGUAACACUAGUUAGUUACUAAUGUAAUGCUAGUUAGUUACUAAUGUAAUGCUAGUUACUGAUGUAAUACUAGUUACUGAUGUUCUAACACUAGUUACUGAAGAACUUGUUUGGUAAGUUUACUGUGCAUCAUAAGUUUUAUGAGUUUAACCAUAAACCAGUAGGGGUUGUUGAACACCUGGGGAAUGGGAGGCAAUCAGGUUUGAUACAAAGAAAGGAGGAGAGGUUUAAUUCCUUGUAUGUAUGUAUACGGAGCAAAAUAGGAUAACUUGGAGGAUGUAUAAAUCUCUAGUGGAGGGAAGGUAGGGUAGGGGUCAUCCUAAGAAAGAAUGGAGGGAUGGGGUAGAAGAGGUUUUGUGUGCAAGGGGCUUGGACACCCAGCAGGCAUGUGUGAGCUUGUUAGUGAAUGGAGACAAAUGGUUUUUGAGACCUGACAAGCUGUUUUGAGUAAGGUAACAUUUUACGAGGGGAUUCAGGGAACUGGUUAGCCAGACUUGAGUCCUGGAGGUGGAAAGUACAAAGCCUGCACCUUAAAGAAGGGGCUUGGGAUAUUUACUGUUUGGGAUGAUAUCUGAACUGUCAUAUCCAGGCAUCUCUGCAAAGACAGUGAUAUUUUGUGAAUGAGGGUAAAAGUGUUACUUUUUUGGGUUGCCCUGCCUUGGUGGGAGACGACCAAUGUAUUGGAAAAGAAAAAACAUUUCAACAUGCUGAUCGUCUCCUACUGAGGCAAGGUGACCCAAAAAGAAAAAAAAGUUUUUCUUUUUCAAUUUAGUAAUUUAUACAGGAGAAGGGGUUACUAGCCCUAUGCCUCCAGCAUAUUAGUUGCCUCUUACAACACACAUGGCUUACAGAGGAAGAAAUCUUUUCCACUUUCCCAUGGAGAUAAGGAAGAACAAGAACUAUUAAGAAAAUAGAAGAAAACCCGAUGGGUGUGUAAAUGUAAAUGUGUGAACAUGAAUGUGCAGUGUGACAUAAGUGUAAGUAGAAGUAGCAAGGUAUACCUGUUAUAUCAUGUGUUUGAGACAAUAAAGAUGCCAACAAUCCUACUAUGUAAAACAAUUACAGGUUUGUUUUACACUUACUUGGCAAGACGAUAUUACCUCCCUGGGUAGUUGCUGUCUACCAGCCUACUACCUAGGAUUUUCCCUGAAUCCCUUCACAAAAUAUUACCCUACUCAUACUUCAACAGCUUGUCAAGUCCCAAAAACCAUUUGCCCCCAUUCCUAUCUAACACAUUCACACAUGCCUGCUGUAUGUCCAACCCCCUUGCACACAAAACCUCUUUUACCCCCCUCCUUCCAUCCUUUCCCAGGAUGACCUCUGCCCCUCCUUCCCUCCAAUACAGAUUUAUACACCCUACAAGUCUUCCUAUUUUGCUCCAUCCUUUCUAAAUGACAAAACCACCUCAACAUAUAAUACAUAUAUGUAAGUCUACUAGGAUAAAAAAAACUGGCAUUUGGCCAUUUUCAGUUUCAGUUGAGAAGGUGCUUCUUUGGGGCAUGUGGGUGACUACCCUUUGUGCCUUGUAAAUCUCUGUACCUAGGUAUUAUCUUUCCACCCUAUGAAAAUAGAGGUCACCUUCACCACUGUUACACUUCCUUCUCAUGAGCGAGACAAUCCACAUUGCUCAUGGGAUUCAAGAUUUAAUGUCGGCUCUUGGCUUCUCUCUACCUAGGUAAAGAGAGUCGUAACAACUAUCACCUGUCAGGUUCUUCCUUGCAGCCAGAGUGAAGAGCCACAACACCAGGGAUGUGCCCAGGCACUUUCUACCACUAUCACUUCAUGUUCCUCUGGACCUCAUCUUGGACUUCAUGAUCAUGUGCUCAUAAUUUUACUACCAAUAAGGCACUAGUUUGACAUGAAUAUUUUACUGAGAAAUCAGCAUGCUAAUUUAAGGAAGGUAGCGAACAUCCGGCAUAUAUAUAGCACUGGAGGGACAAUACAGGCAUUAUUCUACCAUAGUCUGAUCCUGUCCUCGCCUGGACUAGAAUCCAACAAGUGUUCAAGAAAGUUUAAAGCGAAGAUGAAGAGUGCUGCUACCUGUGUAGGCCUACUGUUGCUGAUGAAGUUGACUACAUCACUGUAUAAAGUGGAACCUAAGGAGACUGUACCUUACCAAAUGAUCAAAGUUUUUGAGGGUUAUGAAGAGAGGAUGUAUCAACCUGCCAAGUGGGUCUGCUCUAACACCACUGAGCAAACUUAUAGUGACAAGAGCCAGAGGAAAUUGUUCUUCAACCUUUUCCAUUACAUUACUGGUGCCAAUACUCAAGGUAUGGACAUUCCCAUGACAGCCCCCAUCACCAUACUCCGGCAGGUGCUGCCUGAAGGCAAUAAGAGUAACCAAAUGUGCUUCUACCUGCCACAGGCCUAUCAGCAGGCACCCUCAGUGCCGACAGAAGAAAAUGUCUACAUUGAGAAUCGUCCUGCCAUUACUGUCCUCACAAGGACCUUUGGAGGCUUUGCUAUGCUGGAGAGUGUGUGGGAAAAUGAAGCCAAGGAUCUGCAAGAGAAGCUUCAGGCUGCUGGUGAAACCAACAUAGACUUCUCUCUCUUCUACAGGUAACCCUGCAAAAUAUUUACCUAAUUGCAGAACACUCCAGGGUAAUUUUACUCUGGGGUGUGAUAAAGUAUUGGUAUCAGUGGGUAUUGAUUAAUUCUGA